AUGGAAUAUACUCUUCAUAACAACCAGUUGGUGAAUAGUGAACAAGCUGAAGCUGGAUACACAUGGGUCCACUACGUUAAUAUCUUUUUCCUUUUGGGAUCUACUUACCAACUAUUUGCUGUACAUCCAUGGAAUAACCCCGCAGAGAUUAUUGCCGGAGUUAUGCUCGCUGGAAGCAUUCUCUUCAGUGCAGUUCAUCAUCUUGACUCUGAGACUGCUAAAAACAAAGAUUUCCAGAGAUGGGGAAAUAUUGUAGCUGCAAUGCAACUAGGUUUCUUUGUUGUCUUCGCUCUAAUUUUCGCUUCAACCAGGGAGAACCCAGCUGAACUUCUAACAAAUAGAAUCUUCAUGGAGUACAUUGUUCCAACCACCAUGCUUCCAUUAACUUUCUUGCUGAUCCACGGAUAUGGAGCCCAAAAACCCCAACAAAUGGUGUAUGUAAUGCCUUAUAAUCCCAAUGUUGGCCAACCUCCUAAGGAAUCUUCUGAAAUGGUCUAACCUAAUUCUAUAAGAAUAGGCUAAUAUGAUUUGCCUU